CCUGGCCCCGCCCUUGAGUGGCGCCCCGGAGACCGGUUGCUGGUGGGACUCCUCCCUGCGCGGGGCCAAGUAGGGGCGGAGCCCGGCCUGCAGCUGUGAGGACACAGGCAGCGUCCGGAAGCCGGGGACUCGCGGCCAUGACGGCGCCGGCCCGCUGCUUCUCGCUGCUCCGCGGCCGGCUGGCCCGAGUCCCGGCGCUGGGCCGAAGCGCGGUACCGCCCUUGGGAGUGCUGAGAACUCCCGGACGUGCGUUCCGGGGCUUCCGCAGCAGCGGCGUGAGACAUGAUGCCAUUAUUAUCUCAGGAACUGAAAUGGCCAGACAAAUCCAGAAAGAAAUACAGCGAGGUGUGGAAUCAUGGAUUUCCCUUGGGAACAGAAGACCUCACCUCAGUAUCAUUUUAGUGGGCGAUAAUCCAGCAAGUCAUGCAUAUGUCAGGAAGAAAAUCCAAGCUGCCUCUGCUGUAGGUAUCUGUAGUGAGAUCAUUCUAAAACCUAAGGAUGUUUCUCAGGAAGAACUCUUGUAUAUAACUGAUCAAUUGAACAUGGACCCAAGAGUCACUGGUAUAUUGGUUCAGCUGCCACUGCCAGGCCAUGUGGAUGAACGAACAGUAUGCAAUGGAAUUUCCCCUGAAAAAGAUGUAGAUGGAUUUCAUAUUAUCAAUAUUGGAAAAUUGUGCCUUGAUCAGCAUUCUCUCAUACCUGCCACUGCCAGUGCUGUUUGGGAAAUAAUCAAAAGAACAGGAAUCAAAACAUUUGGGAAGAAUGUGGUUGUAGCUGGAAGAUCUAAGAAUGUAGGAAUGCCCAUUGCCAUGCUCUUACACACUGAUGGAGAACAUGAACGGCCGGGAGGUGAUGCAACUGUGACAAUAGCUCACAGGUAUACUCCCAGAGAACAACUAAAGAUCCAUACUCAGCUGGCUGAUAUUAUCGUAGCAGCUGCAGGUAUUCCAAAAUUGAUUACAUCUGAUAUGGUUAAGGAAGGUGCUGCCAUAAUUGAUGUAGGUAUCAACUACGUCCAUGACCCAGUGACAGGAAAGACAAAAUUAGUUGGAGAUGUGGACUUUGAAGCUGUUAGGAAGGCGGCUAGCUUUAUCACCCCAGUUCCAGGCGGAGUGGGGCCCGUGACUGUGGCGAUGCUUCUGAAGAACACCCUUCUGGCGGCCAGGAAGGUCAUUGACUAGGUCACGUGGAAGGAGAAGGCGAACUGAG